AGGAAACGCCCCUUUUCCAGGCGGAAUGUGGGUUGUGUUUAGGUUGCUGUGAAAAGUUGCUGAUUUUGGAGCAAAGCUUGGAAAACGCGAAUUCCGCUGGGAAGGCAGUCAGUUUCCGCACCGGGGACAAUUUUAUCAAGCACGUUUUUGUAACGAAACGAAAUCUACAGAGGCUGCGACUCGCGUUUAUUGUGUCUGCUGCUUAGAGGUGAAAGAUAAUGAGGAAAUAGGUUGAUACUACAGCCCAAAGUGUCAACCGGGAGCCCCUUGCAACGCCCUCGAUUUUUCCCUGCUACUAAAGGAAUCUCUGAAAAUGUUUCACCUUCUACAGCGAUGUUGUUUCCAAGUUCCUUCCAAGAUGAUGUGUCUUCAAAGACUUCUGCAACCUGGAAGGAGUAAGGCAGUUGGCUCUCCUGCCCCUUUGGCUGUGCUGCCAAAAUCACAGCUGCUUAGGCAGGCAUCUGCCAGGAUAAUGAAGGCACAGGGUUUCCAUUCUUCCUGCUGCAGCUGGAAGAAGAAAAAACCUCCGGAACCUGAGCCGCGACAGCUUGAUUUGUUGCGAUAUGACAUGCCCUCACUCAAGGACUCUCCAAAGCCUGCUCUGUAUUUGGGCAUUGCAGGAUUAAUUCCCUUUGUUUCAGUGCCAUUGUUAAUGGCUAUCCAGAAGGUCUCCUACCCAGAGUUGGUGUUUGCUCAGAUUGCAUAUGGUGCAUCUGUACUAUCUUUCUUAGGAGGGAUCAGAUGGGGAUUUGCUUUGCCAGAAGGCAGUCCUGCCAGUCCUGAUUGGAUUAAUCUGGCUAACAGUGUUGUUCCUUCAGUACUUGCCUGGUUUACUUUGCUUUUCAAAGAUGAUCUCACUCAAGCUGGGGUCAUGCUUAUAAUAGGGUUAGGGAUAGCCUUGCAUUAUGAUCUUAGUCUUCUUCCCACCUAUCCCAAAUGGUUUAAAGCCAUGAGGGCAAUCCUGACUAUAGUAGCCACAGUUUCUCUGAUUACCACACUAUGUCUUGCAAACAUGUAUCCAGAAAAACAACGUAAGUCGCGAUGCAAGUGAAAUGGAAGUAUUGAAAUAAACAACCAAAAAUGCAUUGGCCUGCCCAAUGAGAGGGGGCCUCUCUCCUUAACUAUUUUCAUAAUCUGUUUUACAUGUUUUCCCCUCUGAAGAUUACUGUGAGGGAAUGAGAAAAAGUUGGUUGACUUCUCUGCUUAUGAACUUAUGGCUGAAUUUAUGGACUGAAAGAACAAGCUCCAUGGAAGGGUGGAUACUGAAGACCUAAGAUGAAUUUGCUAAUGACAAUUUAGUAGAGGUGGAUAAUGUUUCUGCUCUAAUGCACAAAGAUUAGUUAGGGCAUCUUCCAUGGGUAGGUGGCUGAGCCACUGCUGUGGAGCACAUCUCUCUCCCUGUACAAUAAAAUUACUUCUUUGAAUAUUAUACCAGAGAUAAGACUUGUGGAAACUUCUUGAUAAUGUGGAAUGUUCUGAUACACACCGAAUAUUGAAAGAACACCACAAAUGUCCAGUUUAGCGGAGAAACUUCAAUAGCCAUCAAAUUCUUGUGGUUUUAAAUACUUCUGGGGUGCUCAGCUGGAAGGUGUACUUAACUGCAUUGCUUUUUCCACAGCCUAUUCAACUGCCAUCCAUCCAUUGCUUUGUAAACUACAAGUUGUAUGCUGCUGUUUCUCUAUAUAGGCUAAUUCUUAGUGAGUAAAAUAUUUUCCCCUUUCACAAUU